AAACCCACUAAACAACCGGAGACCACUUUUCCUUUUAUAAUAAAAAUUCCAAUUCUCUCUCUAAAGCCCCUUACCCUCUCUCUAGAAUUUUUCUUAGAGAGAGAGAGAGAUGCAAAUCAUCUCCAAAGCUGCCUCUGCUGCCAUGGCGUCCUUCACUUGCUCAAAGGAGACAAGCAGGCUUUGUGUAUUGCCAGGGACAAGACAACUUUGCGUUAGAAAGGGCCUUUUGUAUAGUUUUAUGAGGCUGUUAUCAAUACCAUUCAAGACAUUGCAUUUAGCCACUAGUCGGUCACUUAGAGUUGCCCAGUUUUGCAGUGUUUCGAAUAUUUCUUCAUCAUUGCAAAUUGAAUUGGUACCAUGUCUCAGAGACAACUACACGUAUCUUUUACAUGAUGUGGACACAGGCACAGUUGGAGUUGUUGAUCCUUCUGAAGCUGUACCUGUUAUAGAUGCUUUGAGUCGGAAAAACUGGAAUUUGACUUACAUACUAAAUACAAAUCAUCAUCAUGAUCACACUGGUGGUAAUAUGGAACUAAAAGCAAGGUACGGUGCGAAGGUGAUUGGCUCAGCAAUAGACAGGGAUAGAAUUCCUGGCAUUGAUAUAGUUUUAAAUGAUGGAGACAAGUGGAUGUUUGCAGGUCAUGAGGUGCGUGUGAUUGAAACUCCUGGUCAUACCAGAGGUCAUAUUAGCUUUUACUUUCCCGGAUCAGGGGCAAUUUUUACUGGAGACACUUUGUUCAGCUUAUCAUGUGGCAAGCUUUUUGAAGGAACCCCUGAGCAGAUGUUUUCUACCCUUCAAAAGAUCAUGUCUCUGCCAGAUGAUACAAGUAUCUAUUGUGGUCAUGAAUAUACAUUGAGUAAUUCAAAAUUUGCAUUGUCUAUUGAACCCAACAAUGAGGCCCUCCAAUCUUAUGCAAACUAUGUAGCUCAACUUCGUAACAAGGGCUUGCCCACAAUUCCGACCACACUAAAGACAGAGAAGUCUUGUAAUCCAUUUCUUCGAACUUCUAAUCCGGAAAUCCGGCAAUUGUUAGGUAUACCGGACACGACAAAUGAUUCAGAAGCCUUGGGCAUCAUCUGUCAUGCAAAGGAUAACUUCUAAGACUUGUUGCAAAGGUUAGGAUCAAGAGCGGUUUUUUUCACACAAAUUAUGAUUAAAUUUGAUAUGCAUCUAUUUUCAAUUAUAGCAUAAACUAUGCAUAUCAAAUUUAAUCAUAAACUUGUGUCAUAAUUUGUGUGAAAAAAAAUAUAAAUGUUGUUGAUCUUAUCAUUAUUUGUUAUAUUUUCUCUUUGUAUAGAGGAGGUGAGUUUGAUGCAUAUUUCAAAUAGAACGCCAACGUUCACAAUUUAACUGUUUACUCAAGAAUUUAACCUUUUUUUAAUUCGAAAUAUGUGCAUUUUUCUUCA